AUGUACUAUCUACUCCCUCUUCUGGCCAGCAUCGUAGCCGUAUCUUCCGAUUGCCCCAACUACGAACAGUUCGCCCGCCAACGACACGAGCCUUUCUCGUCAGGGCGCUAUGCGUAUCCUUUUCAGCGUCCAGGCAAGGAUUGCCGCACAUAUUCAGUGCCUGCGGUUGAGAAGGUGAUUUACGACGAGAUGGAUCAAGCGAUUGGUGAUCCAGAUCUGUAUCGUUUGUUUCUGAACACAUGGCCUAAUACACUCGACACAACCGUGAAAUGGCAAGGCACUUCAGCUGAUAACCCUGAUGAAGAGCUGGCCUUUAUCACCACAGGCGAUAUAAACGCACUUUGGCUAAGGGACAGCGCAAAUCAGCUCCAGUCAUACAAGUCAAUCCUUUCCUCCAGCAGAGGCUCCCCGUCCGACGAGAACGACAUCGCCUCUCUCUUCCGCGGAGCCAUAAACCUACAAGCCCGAUACAUAACCAAAUCUCCCUUCUGCAAUGCCUUCCAUCCUCCACCUGAAGCCAAACUCCGCCGUGUGAAGCGAUCUCUCCAACCUCGAGACACCGUUAGUCCGAAAUAUGACCCCGAUUUCGUCUUCGAGUGCAAAUAUGAGCUUGAUUCUCUUGCAGCCUUUCUUCAGUUAUCAUGGGACUACUACGACGAAACUGAGGAUGGCGAAUUCUUUGGCAAGUUCGGAUGGGUUGAAGCUGUCAAGGCAAUCUUGAGGGUCGCAAAGCACAUGCAAGAAGGCACAUACGACGAGCAGGGCAGAGUGCAGAAGCCUGCAUAUACAUGGCUGCGAAAUGCUGACAGUGCCUCAGAGACUGUGUCCAACCAUGGUCAUGGCGCACCUGUCAAGGGUCAUAUUGGCCUCGUGCGCAGUUUCUUUCGACCAUCCGACGACGCAUGCAUCUAUCAGUACUUCAUCCCUGCCAAUAUGAUGUUUUCACGCUACCUCACCGCAUGCGCAAAGAUAAUGAGACCUUUGGAUAACGAGGUUGCCAAGGAGAUGGAGGCGCUGGCUUUUGAUAUCGAAGUUGGGAUUAACAAACAAGCUAUUAUUCAGCACCCUAUUUUCGGAGAGAUGUAUGCUUAUGAGAUCGAUGGCUUCGGAUCAUAUAGUCUCAUGGACGACGCCAAUAUCCCUUCCCUCUUGAGUAUUCCGCACUUGGGUUAUAAACCAGCCUCGCAGCACAUAUACGACAACACUCGCGCUUUUGUGCUAAGCUCGUAUAACCCGUACUACGCCCGCGGACCUAUUUUGAAUGCUACAGGUGGCCCUCAUCUUGGUCCAGGCAUGGCGUGGCCUAUGGGGCUUAUUGUCCAGCUUUUGACGACUGAAGAUGACGAGGAAAUCGUGGAUGGUAUUCGACAGUUGAUGAACUCAACAAGCGGGCUCGGUCUCAUUCACGAGACCGUUAAUAGUCACAACGAGAAGCAUUGGACAAGGUCGUGGUUCUCGUGGGCCAAUGGCUUAUUUGGACAAAUGAUCAUGGACUUGUAUAAACGGAAACCCACAUUAAUAGCCAGGAGCUACCAGGGUGUUGAUGAUAAAUGA